ACCAUCAGCAUCACCGCUAUAAAUUGCCUCCAUUCCCUCUUUGCGCUCUUUAUCAUUCUUAUCAUUCUGAAAGCACCUAUUCUUCGAAAUCUUCCAGCAUGCGUCUCAUCCUCACUGGCGCCACAGGCGUGGUCGGCUCCGCAGCCCUAAACCACAUCCUCAACCUCCCCAAGGGCGAGGUCUCAGCGCUGUACAUCCUCAGCCGCAGCCCUGUGCCGAUGGCGGAGAACCAGCCCAAUGUUACUGUCAUCCAGCACAAGAAUUUUAACGAAUAUCCUCCCGACCUCCUGGAGAAAUUGAAGGGUGCGGACGGAUGCAUCUGGGCGCAAGGGAUAUCCCAGAGCCUUGUUUCGAAAGAGGAUUAUGUUAAAAUCACACUCGACUACCCUCUCGCUGCAGCAGAGGCGUUCUCCACGCUCUCGGACUCGUUCAACUUUGUCUAUGUGUCUGGGGAAGGUGCAACACAAUCUCCAGGCCGAUUCACCCCUUUAUUUGGGCGCGUCAAGGGACAAGCCGAGUCAGCUCUCCUCGAACUCGCAAAGAAGCACCCCAAUCUAAAACCCUAUUCCGUCCGCCCAGCCUACGUGGAUACGGCGAAUGACCCGGAAGUCCUCAAGGUCAUGCUGGCUCGACCAGACCAGCAAUCAUGGAAGGCGAAAUCGCUUCAUACCGUUUUUGGCCCCGUUAUGAGGAAUGUGUUCACGAACAGUGAUUCGCCGACGCAGUAUCUCGGGAAGUUCCUGACGGAUAUGGCAAGGGGUGAUGGAAAGCCAUUGAGUGAGAAUGGGGUUUCUGGGAAUGGCAGGAUUAUCCCGAAUGUGGUUUUUCGGAAGAUUGUUGGGCUUUGAUUCUGGGCGUGUUUUUCGAGGUUGGCUGCGAAUGGGCGUGGUGUUUUGGAGUUUGGUUUGGUUGAGUUUUGGAAUGUAUACUUAAUAACUUAAAUACUAGCUGCAUAGUCGCGAAGUAACUGAUAAUAAUAAUCUCAACUUCUUAGGGCUGUUCGGGUCCGG